GAGCGAGUUAUCGGUGAUCUUGGGAUCGUCUACUCAGUCCUUGCAGGAUGGUUAAUCAAUAGCGGAGCGACAGGAUCGACCAUCGGAUGAAGGGAGCUGUUGUUUUUUGCUAAAAUGACUUUCAGCCGGUUAUUAUCGAGAGCUACUCUCGUUAGCAAAGUUGGAUCCAGGUCUGCAUUCACUAGCUCCAAGCCUGAUUUUAGUAACCCCAACUGGUUCAGAGUGGGCCUGGCUUUUGGAUCAACUGCUUUCAUCUGGGGCCUGCUCUUUAAGCAGCACAGCACAGAUUUACAUGAGUACAAAGUGAGGAAUGGCCUGGAAUAACCCCACACACUGGAGGUCCCCAGCCCGGUCUAAAGGAUGCACCACCUCUCUCUAUUUCCACUGUUCCUGAUUCCUCUCUCUGAAUUCUGUGUAAAAUAAAAAUGUAUCAUGUGAAAUAUACACGA